GGCUUCCCGCUCGCUCUUGCCUCCUGCCUCCUGCCUCCUGCCUUGGCUCGUGCGCGCCUGCCUGCCGUGGAGACGGCUUUGGGCCUGAAGUCGGAGUCCGAGACCUGCGCCAUGCCGAGGGAAAGGAGGGAGAGAGAUGCGAAGGAACGGGACACCAUGAAAGAAGAAGGCGGCACCGAUUUCUCUGUUCGUUCCAGGAAAAGGAAGGCAAACGUGGCCGUGUUUUUGCAGGAUCCAGAUGAAGAAAUUGCCAAAAUUGACAGGACUGUAAGAGGCCAGUGUGGUAAGGAGCCUUGGGACAAUAGUACUGGCUGUGCAGACCCCUGCUCCUUAAUUCCCACACCUGACAAAGAAGCGGAUGAGCCAGUAUACCCGAAUUCUAAACACGAGCCUCGGCCUCGGUCGGCACCGCCCAGAGCCUCACCACUGCCUAUACUAAACUGGGCAAAUAGAGAGGAGGUUUGGAAAAUCAUGUUAAACAAGGAGAAGACAUACAUAACAGAUAAGCACUUUAUGCAGCGACACCCUCUUCUGCAGCCUAAAAUGCGAGCAAUUCUUCUGGAUUGGUUAAUGGAGGUUUGUGAAGUCUAUAAACUUCACAGGGAGACAUUUUACUUGGCACAGGAUUUCUUUGAUCGGUACAUGGCUACACAAGACAAUGUUGUAAAGACACUUUUACAGCUUAUUGGGAUUUCAUCUUUAUUUAUUGCUGCCAAACUUGAGGAAAUCUAUCCUCCAAAGUUGCACCAGUUUGCUUAUGUUACAGAUGGCGCUUGUUCAGGAGAAGAAAUUCUUACCAUGGAAUUAAUGAUUAUGAAGGCCCUUAAGUGGCGUUUAAGUCCCCUGACCAUUGUGUCUUGGCUGAAUGUGUACAUGCAGGUUGCAUAUCUGAAUGACUUAUAUGAAGUGCUACGGCCGCAGUAUCCCCAGCACAUCUUCAUACAGAUUGCAGAGCUUUUAGAUGUCUGUGUCCUGGAUGUUGGCUGCUUAGAAUUUUCUUAUGGUGUACUUGCUGCUUCUGCCUUGUAUCAUUUCUCUUCAUCUGAAUUGAUGCAAAAGGUUUCAGGGUAUCAGUGGUGCGAUAUAGAGAACUGUGUCAAGUGGAUGGUUCCCUUUGCCAUGGUUAUAAGGGAGACAGGGAGCUCAAAACUGAAGCACUUCAGGGGGGUUGCUGCUGAAGAUGCACACAACAUACAGACCCAUAUAAACAGCUUGGAUUUGCUGGACAAAGCCCAAGCAAAGAAAGCCAUAUUGUCUGAACAAAAUAGGAUUUCUCCUCCCCCUACUGGGGUCCUCACCCCUCCACCAAGCAGUAAGAAGCAGAGCAGUGAGCAGGGAACAGUGUGACCACAUCAGCAUUCUCCACCAAAGACAGUUGUGCAGAAGCACCUGUUCAAAGUUCUCUUCUGUCUACUGCAGCGGAGGCAUGCAUUAGCUUUUACAGAUAUUUAAAUGGAAGAGUGUAUCUCUUUCACAAGAGAAGUAUUUCCGUGGAUGGCAUUGGACAGGGAGAAGUGUUUUUUUGUUGAACGCUUAGAUUUUUUUAAUAAGUGGGUCAAGUACACCAGCCACCUCCAGAACACCAAUGAGUGCUCCAGAUGCUGCUAAGGAGGGUGAUACUUGACUUGAUUGACUUCACACAAAUAACAAAGGCUUGAAGUUGAGGAGUUCCACUGUUGCUGUUGGUCUCCCCUCGGGUGUCUGGGUUGCAUCGUAUGAAGGGGAACAGGUGGUUGUGAGCAUGCAUUAUGAUGCAGAGCACACAACCAGCUGGGCUGGGGCCUGCCCUUUCCACACUUAUCAGUUGAUAAUGUACAAUGCCUUUUAUGAACUCUUGUAAGUGCUGCUAUGUCUGUCUGUUUUUUAAUAAAGAUAAUACUGUCUUUGAGACAGCUGGUUUUA